CAACUCUAACGAAAUCAACUGAAAGAAGUUUGCAGCCUUAAUAACUAAUCUCGACCCGAACAAUUCCCUUUUUCUUUAAAAUUUCAAUCAUUGUAAAUAUAUAGCCAAAAUACAUAUUAAAUAGCAAUCUGCAACUCUCGACUCUCGGCUCUCAAUUCCUCAUCUCUAUCCUCUCUUAUCUUUCUUCACCUUUUUUCUUUUUUCUCCAUGCCCGUCCUCUGUCGGUAUUUCUCAUAUUUCGCUUUCGUUUCCCCCGUUCGCUCUUAGAAAUGGAAUACAUAAUCAAUUCAACCAAAGCCAAAACACACAUUUAGUCUGAUAAUAAUUGAAAUUUAACAAUUUACUUUGGAAUUCAAUUCACAUCAUCCUCUUUUUUUUUGUUUUUUUUUGUUUUAUUGUUUUCUUAAUUCGUUUGGUUCCUCACUAAAUUCUUUAUAAAAAAAACAAUGUCCUCAGGAAACUUACAACGUCGUCGUGUUAGAGGCACCUCAAAUGCCAAUAAUAUCUCUAAUAAUGAUUCAAUUUCUCCAAUAUCUCCAUCCCCAAGAAAUUCAAGCAUCAUAGUGAAAACUGAUAACACAAACGACUUGAAUAUCCUCAACACAAAUCUCAAUAAAAAACCUAUUGGUCAUAAAAUUGCCUACGAUCCUCGUGAUUUAGAAGUCUUGAAUUCAAAUGACAAAAUAGUUCCAACUCUAACACUAAUGGAAGAAGUCCUCUUGAUGGGCUUGAAAGAUAGAGAAGGUUAUUUAUCCUUUUGGAAUGACAGCAUCUCCUACGCCCUAAGGGGUUGUAUAAUCCUUGAAUUAGCCUUUAGAGGUAAAAUCGCAAUGGUCAAUGAUCCCGCUAGAAGAAGAUUCGAAUUAAGUGAAAGAUUAAUUGAAGUCAUCGACUACAAAAUGACUGGUGAAGUAUUGCUAGAUGAAACCCUAAAACUAAUGAAAAACGACCCUGAAAACUUAAGUGUCAACAAUUGGAUCGAUUUACUAAGUGGUGAAACUUGGAAUUUAUUAAAAAUUAGCUAUCAAUUGAAACAAGUUAGAGAAAGACUUGCAAAAGGUUUGGUUGAUAAGGGGAUACUAAGAACUGAAAGAAAAAACUUCUUACUAUUCGACAUGGCUACUCAUCCUGUUGCUGAUAUUAAUUGUAAAGACCAUAUUAAAAGAAGAAUAAUCUCCCUAUUAGUCUCAAGAACUGUCAAUUUACCCUCAUCAAACCUAUUUCCUGCAAAUACAACCUAUAAGUUUUUAAGAUCAAUCUCUUUGGUUUGUGGCUCAUACGCUGCAAAUGUUUUGGAAAAUGUUCUAGUUACUCUUGGUUAUGACCAACGUGAUAAAGCCUUUGCGCGAGCUGAUGAGUUAUUAUCCGAAUACUCUGAUUUCCCAUUUAUCAAUAACCAAAGUCAACUAGGUAUUGGCUCAAAUUUAGCUCAAGAAAUUCAAAACGAAAUUGAAUCUGUGCCAAAUAAUGAUCUUCAGAUGGAAGUAGUAGCUGCUGUUUUAAGUGUAUUCUCAAGAAUGGAUUCGAUUUUAUAAUUCGAUUCAUAUUUAUGAUCAUUAUAUAUUUAAACC